AUGGCAAGACUUGCUGACGAUGCUGACUACGAUGCCGGCGAAGCGUCUGGGAAUGUACCAAGUCCACCGUCCGACUCUGCAAAUGAUCAUGCAUACUAUCGCCUCAGGACAAGAUGCGUUGCUCUAGGUCUUCCUGCUAAUAACGCCAAGUUACGAAACCAUGUCAAAGGACUGCUAAACAUCGAAACGAGUCUGCGACCAGAACUGAGGCCCCAACAUCUUGGUCUUCGUAUCUAUGCUUACAAAGUGAGAUUUAAUUAUUGUGUUGACUUCCAUUUCGAGGGACAGUGUUUUUUGAAGAGUUUCGAAGUUUGA